UUCAUAUUUAUAUGUUUUAUAAAUUCAUAUUUUUAUUUUAUCAGUAUUUGUUGUGAAAAUUCGAAAAUGGAUUAUAAAUACAUUUAUCUGUUAGUAUUAGAAUAAGAUCAAAGUUUAGCGAAUAAAUCUGCGUAACAUUUGUAUCCGCAAUGGAAUUGCAAUCUGUUCCUGAAAAUACAAAUUCUACUUCAUUCAAACAUGAUUUGAUUAAGUCGGAAAAUGGUUUGGAGAAGCUUGAAAUACAUUCCGUAAAUAUUAACAACGAAAAUGCAGAGAAAGGUACAUCAAUUGAAUCUGCAAAUGGCGAAAAGGAAGAUGUACCAGACGAGAAUUUACAUACAAUAUGCAUACAAAAUUGCCAGAAGUUAGAAAGUGAAUUGGAUACUCAAAAGAAAGAGAUUAAAAAAUUAAAGGAUGAUUCAGUUAUUGCAGAAGCUCUGUUUAAGGAGCAACAAUAUGAAAUGGAUAUCAAAAUUUCAAAUUUGCGGAAACGACUAGAGAAAGCUAUCAAAGAAAAGGAAGAAGCCGUAGUUAGAUUUGCAGUUAGUGAAAAAUCAAAUAUAGAUAUUGACAAGUUAAAGAAGGAAAAUGAAAUACUAGAAUCGAAAUUGAAACGGACUUAUAAUGAAAAGACUCGAAUUUGUUCAUUGUUAGAUGCAAAGACACAUGAGUUACUAAAUGCAAACAAGGAAAAGGAACAAAUUAAAUUAGAAUGUGGAAUUUUACAGAAUAAAUUAAAAGCUGCAUUAAAUAGCUAUAAACAAGAAGUCGAAUCUCGAGUAGCUGUCGAAAAAAAUUGUGGCCAAUUACGUGCCCAGUUAGAUAAACUACAGGAAAAUAUACAAAGUAAUGAACAAGCUUCUCAAGACUCACAAAAAUUAGUCUCAGUAGGAAAACUUCUAACAGAAUCUCAGGCUCAAUUAAUUUUAGAAAGACACAAAAAUAAUGAUCUCAAUAGUAAAUGCAAUGAAUUGCAAUCACAACUUGCUCAAGUUACUUCUGAUAAUGAAAAUGCUAAAAAGAGUAUUGCUGAACUAACUCAAAGAAUUACUGAAUUGGAAUUAGAAAUAGAACAAAAGGAACUUAAUUAUCAAGAAACUAGAAGCAAAGAGUUAGAAAUUGCACAUAAGCAAAUAUUUGAAGCGCAGACUACUAUCUUGAAUAAUGAACAAGAAAUUGAAAAGUUUAAAACGCUAUAUGAAGAAUUAACAACUGAAUUAGCAGAAAGUCGUAAGAAAGAAGAUGAAAUGUUACAAUUUACAAAAUCAGUAACAGAAAAAAUGUUGCACUUCAAUCAAAAUUUUCAUCUUUAGAGGCUAUGGUAUUAGGUCAUUGCACUGAGAAAGAUAUGUUGAAAUUAGCAUUAAAUGAACAAACACAGAAGAUGACAGCUCUGCAAAAAGAUCUGCUUAGCGAGCAAACUAAAUAUAAAAAUGAGCGUGAUGUUCUAGUCAGACAUCUGGCGAGUAAAACUGAAUCAUUAGAAAAGAUACAACUCAAAUUAGCCGAAUCUCAGGGCGAGGUGCAAGUUCUGAAGAGAAAACAUUCCGCAGCA